GGCAGAGCGCACUUGCCUGUGUUGACACUGGGUGGAUAUGCGGCGAUGCUCUUGCGUGUGAAAGCGUCUGCAGCCGUCUCUAAACAGCUACGGAGAGAUUUCGCCUCAGAUGAGAGAUUAGGAGGAGGAGGAGGAGGAGGAGGAGGAGGAGCGACCAGCAUCAGGAAAAAACGGUAGGCCUAUCUUUCGGUCCAUCGCGUCUACUUGGUGGCAGCGGCCCGUCGAUUCUCAAUGGAAGCCGGGGGAUGGAUUUGAAAUGUCGCAGGGAUGUGCUGGUCUUUUUUUUUUUAACGGAAAGCAUGAUGAUGAAAGGAGGAAGAGGAGGAGAGAGGUGGAGUGAGCCCUUCCUGGCCCAGGGCAGGAUUUAAUUAGUCUUGUGUAAAAUAAGUGAUAUCUGUGGUCAGGAGGUGAUGGCAGUGCUGACUGAGCUUCACCACCACUACUACCCAUUCCUAACGAUGGACAGCCCCUUCCUGCACGCCUGAGCCUGCACUCAGCGCUGCCUCCUUCCCCUCCUCUCCUUCUGCCUCUCCUUGCUCAUUUCCCAUCUCUUCCUCCACCCUCCUCACCCAGCUGCCACUUGCUCCCCCCCCCCAUCGCUCCUCCCAUCCCUCAAUCCAUCCAAUUCCCCCACGUGCAAUUUCACUGUAUCUUACUUUACUAUGGCGUGCUGUGGGCGCUCUCUGGACUCCCCAUGCACACUAGCCUUGCUGGUGGGCUUCCAGUUUGCUUUUGUGCUCUAUUUCUCCCUUGGGGGCUUCAAAGGACUUGUGUCUGUCCUGGUGCACACCACAGAGCCGGAAUUUGAUUACUCUCGACCCCACGACGUCUACACCAACCUCAGUCAUCUGGGAGUGCCGCCUCCCCCUCCUCGCAACUCCGGCACUGGACCCCCUGCUACCGGACCACCACUGAAAGACUGUCAGAUCCCCUCCCCGCUGCUGGUUGGACCUGUGUCUGUGCAUCUUUCCUCUCCUCUGUCACUGGAGGAUAUCAGACAGAGGAACCCGUUAGUGAUGCCAGGCGGACGCUACCGGCCUCCAGAUUGUGAACCCCGCCACCACACUGCGAUAGUGGUACCAUAUCGGAACCGGCAGACCCACCUCCGUGCCCUCCUCUAUCACCUCCACCCCUUCCUGCAGAGGCAGCAGAUCCACUACAGCAUCUACAUAGUACAGCAGUGGGGGAAUGGUACUUUCAACCGAGCCAAGCUGCUGAACGUUGGUGUGCGGGAGGCCCUCAGAGAUGAAGAUUGGAGCUGUAUCUUCCUGCACGAUGUUGACCUGCUGCCUGAGAAUGACCACAACACCUACACCUGCCACAAACAGUUUCCCACACACCUGUCUGUGGCCAUGGACAAGUUCAGAUACAGGCUGCCGUACCCACAGUAUUUUGGUGGGGUGUCUGCAGUGACCCCAGACCAGUAUAUGAAGAUGAAUGGCUUCCCUAACCAGUACUGGGGCUGGGGCGGGGAGGAUGAUGACAUUGCUGCCAGAGUGCGUCUGUCUGGCAUGAAGAUCGUACGCCCUCCAGUGGCCAUUGGUCAUUACAAGAUGAUCAAACAUAGAGGGGACCGAGGCAAUGAGCAGAACCCACGCAGAUUUGACCUUCUGAAAAGGACAAGACUCAACUGGCGCUCUGACGGCCUCAACUCUCUGACUUAUGAGCUCCUUUCCAAAGAGCUGGAGCCCCUCUACACUAACCUCACUGUCAACAUCGGAGAGGAUCCCCAUCUACCCCCGGGGAAAAUACCCAUUCCUGUAAAAACAACAACCCCUGUUCAACAACGUAGCACCAGCAAGACCGGAGGCACAGCCAAACAGGAGAAGAGUGGUGAAAGCAAAGGGGCUGUGGCGGCAAAUAUCACUGUGGCCAAGCCGGAUGGUGUCAAGACGAAACCUGCUGAGUCAAAGGCAGCAAAUCAAACAACACAGGAGAAAACAGGUGUGAUGAAAUAGAAUGAAGUGUAUAAUAACAGAACUGCAUCUUAUCUGUAGCAUAAAGUGGCUUCUCCUUUCACUUUGAUCUGAAAGAAAAAAAAAUGGAGGAAAGCAAAGUGUAGAUCAGUUCUGCUGUUGGACUGAACCGUACACCAGUUUUCCGUGUCAGUGCAGGUUCAAAUUGAAGCAAUGGAGCAAACGAAGAAGCCACUUUGUCUACAAGGGUGCAUUCAGGAAAACGACUGAGUCACCUCUUCUUGGUUUAUCAUCCACUGAAUGUGACUCUGGCGGUGACUGAUAUGAGUCUGUGGUCACACACAUAACUAGGCUGGGACCAACAGAAGAAAGGCGAACACCUCAGUCGUAUCCAAGUAGAGUUGCAAAACAAACUAAAUGAAAAUGAGGCAGCAAAUAUAUAAAUCUCUGCUCUUCUCCAGACAUUGCAAGUUGUAAGCAACCCAUCUGCUGCCAGCAGACCUGCAGCUUCAUCCAGUCUGCUCCCAAAAAAACUGCUGCUGUCAGUCCACCCCCACUCCACGGUGGGUUUGUGUUUCUGUGCCUUCUCUCUUUUAUGCGCAUUUUAUAGACUGGUAUAGUUGCUUUUAGACACUGACCUGGGGUUAAUUUUAUCUCUCCUGCCUUGUGGCAAACAUAUAAAAGCAGGGAGGCUAAAGCUGAUUCUAGGUCAGAACAAAUAUUUGUUCCAGGACUGCCGUUUUAUAUUUGUGUGCAUUGAUCAAGCGCUGACCAACUCCAUAGUUAUCAGACAAUUCUAGAGUUUAUAUUUAUAUAGAGAGACUUCUUUAUUUGUUUACUGGUUUGUUUUACUUGUCCUUCCUUACAGUCUGGUGCCUCUCUCUCUGAGUUUUAGUUUCUAGACAAUCAAAUCAUACGGAAAGAUAACUGUAUUCAACAACA